AUGUCGACAAACUCUUCGGUGACCGUGUCACCGCUCGCCUACAAGAAGCUCAUCCUGCACGCCGCAAAGUAUCCCACAGCCCGCGUCCUCGGCUUCCUCCUCGCCGACACAACGUCCGCACAAACCAUCAACAUCGUCGACUCGAUCCCCCUCUCACAUCAUUGGACAGCUCUCGCACCCAUGGCCGAAGUAGCGCUAUCCCUUGCCACAUCAUACGCUUCGUCGAAGAAGCUCUCCGUCGUCGGGCUGUACGAAGCACCCGAACUGACCUCGGAGCGCAACCCAUCACCACAAGCAAACAAGCUCACGGAGAAGAUCGCCAGCCUCACCAACGCCGAAGCGCUGCUUCUGCUCGUAAACAACGCGACCUUACUCAAAGCUGGCGAGCACUCGUUGAGCGGGUUUAUAGUGUCAUCGCCGACGAACGGGAAGGGAGACGCGAAACCGAAAGCGCUAGCGGCGUCGGCGGUAGCGUUGCAAGACCAGAGCAGAGCGGCCGAGCUGGAGAGCGCAGUGAGGAAGGACAGCACGUGGGACAAGAUCAUUGACUUUGACGGUAAGUAUCACCUUUACACGAAAAGCGUUGCUUGUGCGACACGCCGACUCAUUCUGAAUUCUACUUUUCUUGAUGCCUUCGGUAUACAGACCACCUCGAGGAUCCUUCGCUUGACUGGCUGCAGAAUCCGGCCAUCACGGCAUGAUGACUCCUUCCUGAAUGAAUGUCAUCCUGUCUCUGUACUGUCAAUUGCAUCCUUUGCACAAUAUCGCUGCGUUCAAACGGGGAUGUCGACCAGAACGUUCCACGACUGA